UUCCGCUUUCUCCCAAUCUCUACAUGCAUUGAAACGCCACCCACCCCGACCUCAUCCUGUCUUCCUCCUCCUUUUGCCUUGUCGAUCUCGAUCUCUUCCUUCCUCUCGUCUCUGCUUUCCUCCGCCUCGCGUGCCGUGGAGUGGAAGCGAAGAAGGCUAGGGGACGAAACAAAAAGCGAAGAGGGGGGAUGGGGACGAUGGAGUUCUUCGAAGAGCUUCUCCUGACCGCUCUCAUCUCCGUCCUCCUCGCCUUCCUCAUCGGUAAGUUCGCCGCCUCCGCCGCCGUUAAGCCGGAGGCCGUUCCACUCGCUCGGGUUGCGGGUCCAGGGAUGGACUCGGAUCCGAUCGAGGAGGAGGAGGAGACAGAGAAGUCGGAGAGGAAGUCGUCUAGUGGCAACGGAGCCGGAUCUGAUCGCCCGAAGACCGGGGUCUUCGAAGUCGUAGAGGAAAGAUUGCUUGAAGAGAGACCGGAGAGGAGCGACGAGGUUAGUGGAUUCGACCUUAAUAGAGAAAAUAUCGCUGAUAAGCUCUUUUCCGAAGUUGAUCUUACUAGGUCAGAAGAAUCAUCUUCGAAGAAAGAGAAAGUGGAUAAUGAAGUGGAGAUCGGAAGAAUUAAUGAUGAUUCCCGGAGGCAACAAGGGGGAUCAGUCAAGGGUAAAGAGGAUGGGAAAAAGGCGGUGGAGAAAGUCGUGAAAUUGGGCAGAGAAGACGCGGUAGACAAGGAAGACGGAGGCGAGGUAGGAUCGUUGCUUCAUGGAGAGGAUGAGUGGGAGGGGAUCGAGAGAAGCGAGCUGGAGAUGUUAUUUGGAGUUGCAAGCGAGUUCGUCGGUAGCAAGAAAGGUGGGGAUGCAGUGUCCAAACUGAGCAAUGAGGUGCAAAUGCAGAUGUACGGGCUGCAUAAGGUUGCGACCGAGGGUCCGUGCCAUGAGCCACAACCCAUGGCUUUGAAGGUUUCUUCCCGUGCCAAAUGGAAUGCUUGGCAAAAACUGGGGAAUAUGGAUCCAGAAGCUGCUAUGGGACAGUAUAUCAGUCUUCUAAAUGAAAGCAUUCCUGGAUGGACAGCAAAGAAGUAUGGGGAGGAAGCCAAAGGUCAUGUUGGCAGUGAUCCUCGGGUAGUAGAGGCAUCCAGAAUAGACCAGCUCGAUUCAAAGUUUUCUCAAUCUAAUUCUGAAAUUGAAGUUUUGGUAGAAGAUUCUUCUGCCAUUGAAGGUGUCGCUGAUGAUGUAAAUACUGGUGUCAAACUUUCCAAACAAGUCUUCUAUAUGUUUGCAGUCUUUAAUUGGAUAAGCGUGGACGUAACAGGACUGACAAAGAUAUUCCUUUUCAACCUGGUCUCACCGCCAAGAGUGGCAUUCUGAAAGUUGCAGCUGGGAAGCUCGGUUGAUCCUGUGUCUGUAGACCCAGUGCUUGUUGGUUUUUAGCUGGUCCAAGUACAUGGUUGAUUGUGUGCUGAUCCCUCAACUACUAUUCCAUCAUUGGUCUGAUUGAUAAGUUAUCUCUUGCUGGUGCUCGUGUCCUAGUUUAAACUGUAUAUGCUGUACAUAUCUAUUUAUAUUAUGUUAAAUAUUAAGGUGUUAAAUAC